GGCGGGGCGGGGCGCUCUCGGAGCAGCGGGGCGCAGGGCUCAGUGGGGAGGAGCGGGGUCCCCAGAAGCACCAGCAGGGCCAGCACGGCUAGGGUGCCUCCACCUGGGCGGGUAAGGAGGGGUGGCUAGACUCCGCCCGGCCAAGGCGCCGGGUCCGUACCGGGUGCAGUGUGGCCGCGUCGCCGUGGAGAUGGCGCGGCACGUGCGGUGACGGUGCUCGCGCCCCGAGGGUCCUAGCCUUGCGCCCCGCAUUCCAGGGCGAGCAUGGAGCGCCCGGAGCCCGAGCUGAUCCGGCAGAGCUGGCGGGCGGUGAGCCGCAGCCCGCUGGAACAUGGCACCGUCCUGUUCGCCAGAAGAAAGGGCCAGAAAAGGACCAGAGAACCACCAGGGAAGGCAUGACAGAUGCCCAAUCUCACCGCCGGAGAGAGGGGCUGUUUGACCUGGAGCCAGACCUGCUGCCCCUCUUUCAGUACAACUGCCGCCAGUUCUCCAGCCCAGAGGACUGCCUCUCUUCCCCUGAGUUCCUGGACCACAUCAGGAAGGUGAUGCUCGUGAUUGACGCCGCGGUGACCAAUGUGGAGGACCUAUCCUCGCUGGAGGAGUACCUUGCCAGCCUGGGCAGGAAGCACCGGGCAGUGGGUGUGAAGCUCAGCUCCUUCUCGACGGUGGGUGAGUCGCUGCUCUACAUGCUGGAGAAGUGCCUGGGCCCUGCCUUCACACCUGCCAUGCGGGCUGCCUGGAGCCAGCUCUAUGGGGCUGUGGUACAGGCCAUGAGUCGAGGCUGGGAUGGCGAGUAAGAGAUGACUCUGCCCAGCGGCCUUCCCCUGGCGGCCCCUGACUGUCCGUGUCUAUCUUUUGAUCUGUGUCCACUGUAGCCCAGGCUCCCCCAGGCCUUCCUGCCCUGUGGUCCUUGUCCCCUUGGCCAUACCAGAGAGGUGAUGGAGCAGGGCUGGGUCUCUGCCCCCCUCACCCCCAGCUGCCCAAUUUCCCCUCUGGCAUCCCUUCUUCCUCCAGGAGGAGGAGCCAUGUUUUGGUGGCAGAGGUGGCAUCGGGCCCGGGAUGGGGGGCUUGUUCAGAGGAAAUAGGCUCUUCUGUCGUCUUCCCAUCCCAGUGAGCCUGGGCCAGGUGGGGACAGCGGAGGGGGAAGAAUGGGAUGGCUGAGCUGCAGGCACCUUCCCAGCUUGCCUGCCUUCAGUGCUUUUUCUCUCCCAGGGAUGUUUGCUUUUCACAAGGAAAGGAGAGGGACAGCUUAGGCCUUCAUGGUGAAAUCACAGGCAGCAGGAUCAGGUGACCAGGAGACCUGCUGAGGAAGGGGGAGGUGGCUCUGUGAUGGGGCUCAUUGGGUCUCGGGGGCCCACUCAGAUGCCACCUGACAGUUUUUCUUUUGCAGUGUGUGGUGGGAGUUCCCCUAUCGUUGCUCUGGAGGAAACCUAGCCAGCCAGGGAGGGGCGGGGCUGCGAAAGGGCAAGGAAGGAGGGGGAGCUUCAUUGCCAGAGAGACCCGAGGCCCAGUGGCUCUUCCUCCAGCAGGCCCAGAGUCUCAUCCUCCACCCCGACGCUUUCUGCCUCUGCCCACACCGAUUGCGGGUCCAUAGUUCCCUGUAUUUAAUAUCCGGCGUGUGCCUAUGCUUAUGUGGGUGGAUAGAAGAGAAAGCAGCAGGAGAGGCCCCCUCCCCUUACCCUGAGCUGCCUCCAUGUUCAUCUUUUGCUGCCUACUGUGGUUGUAUAAACUCAUGCGGAAUAAACCUGUUCUGUGUGCCUCUCUGA